AUGGCCAAAAGUGGAGAGGCCCUGCCACAGGGCAGCCCAGCGCUGGUCCAGGAUCCCCACCUCAUCAAGGUGACAGUGAAGACGCCUAAGGACAAGGAGGAUUUCUCAGUUACAGACACUUGCACCAUCCAGCAGCUGAAGGAAGAGAUAUCCCAGCGCUUUAAGGCCCACCCUGAUCAGCUGAUCCUAAUCUUUGCUGGCAAAAUCCUCAAGGACCCUGACUCACUGGCACAGUGUGGGGUCCGAGAUGGCCUCACCGUCCACCUGGUCAUCAAGAUGCAGCGUCGCACCAUGGGCAACGAGUGCCCAGCUGCUUCAGUCGCUACCCCAGCCCCGAGCCCUGGGUCACUCCCUCAGCCAAGCUCCACUUACCCAGCGGAUGGGCCACCUACCUUUAGCUUGGGUGUCCUCACAGGCCUCAAUGGGCUAAGUCUGACCUCGGGUGAUUUCCCUGACCAGCCAAGCUCACUGGUGUGGCAGCAUGUAUCUGUGCCUGAAUUUGUGGCUCAGAUCAUUGAUGACCCCUUCAUCCAGGGUCUGCUGUCCAACACAGGCCUGGUGCGCCAGUUGGUUCUUGACAAUCCCCGUAUGCAGCAACUGAUCCAGCACAACCCUGAGAUUGGGCACAUCCUCAACAAUCCUGAAAUCAUGCGGCAGACACUGGAGUUUCUACGUAACCCUGCCAUGAUGCAAGAGAUGAUGCGCAGCCAGGACCGGGCGCUUAGCAACCUGGAGAGCAUCCCGGGUGGCUACAAUGUGCUCCGAACCAUGUAUACAGAUAUUAUGGACCCCAUGCUUAAUGCCGUCCAGGAGCAGUUUGGUGGCAAUCCCUUUGCCACCACUAAUACUGCUAAUGCUACCACCACCAGCAGCCAACCCUCAAGGACAGAGAAUUGUGAGCCUCUCCCCAAUCCCUGGACUUCCACAUAUGCAGGCUCAGCUGGCAGGAGGGGCAGGAGGCCUGGGGACCAGGAUAUAUCUGAACUUAGAAAUAGGGUACCCAAUAUUCUAGGGAAUAUAGGGCUCUAUGACUAUCUCCAACAAUUGCAUGAGACCCCCCAGUCCCUGGGAACCUAUUUACAGGGGAUGGCAUCUACCCUCAGUUCAAGCCAAGAACAACCACCUUCACCACCAGGAAACCAAAUUCCUCCAGCUUCACCCUCAUCCCAGGAACCUGAGUCAGGCCAGGCUCUCCCCAAGGAGUCAGUUGCAAUCAAGGGAAAGCCCUCCUGCUCAGCCUUCCUGAGGUAUCCCACGGAGAGCAGUGCUAGAAAAGAUGGAGGUCAAGAUGGUGCAGGGAAUGGUUCCGCUGGCCAUAGCACCCACAUGCCUGAUCUUGUCUCCGGGCUGGGGCCUGCUGCCAAUAGGACCCCACUCGUUCCUUCCCCACCUUUGCCCACAGCAGCUACUGCUGGAAUCCCUGAGCAUGUCUGGCUGCCACCACCGGCUUAUCCAAGAUCUCUGAGGCCAAACAGCAUGAAUCAGGCCCCACAGCUGCAGGACGAGAUGCGCUGGCAACUGCCACUGCUGCUGCACCUUCAGGCAUCCAUGGCAAAUCCGCGUGCCAUGCAUGCCCUGCUGCAGAUUGAGCAGGGUCUGCAGAUCCUGGCUACUGAGGCCCCUCGCCUCUUCCUCUGGUUCAUGCCUUGUCUAACAGGGCUGGGAAGUAUGGCGGGAGAUACAGAGCCUCGAGAGAGUCCCCUUGUGCCUGAGGAUACUUCGCCUCCCCUAGCUCCUGAGGUUCCCUCAGCACAGGGCUCUAUGGAGCUGGGCCUCCAUUCCACCCCUUCCUCCAGAUGUUGCAAGCCUUGA